AUGUCAGAAGACAUGUCAGACACUUCAUACUUAACGUAUGAAAUAAAUGGCUCGCAGUUUGUCUUUCAAACUCCGUCAAGCCUCGUCGAGGUCGGAGGCUUAGUAAAUCCCACCACCAAGGACGUAAACGUGAAUUUUAUUUCUAAAAACCAACAAGUCGACCCGGAUCCAACUUACAAUCUCGAAGAAGAAAACAUCCCGAUAGUUUGCGUGGACGGAGUGAUUUACGCUCUUCAAAAUGGGCAGCUGCAGGAGCUGGACCUGUCGCGGUUGCAAACCAACGGCGAGGGUCAAGUAUUCAUGGUACCUGAGACAGAAAAUUUGGUUGAUUUAAAAGAGGACCCGGAGAUAAAUCUAGAGCGUUAUUCUCUGCAAGAAGGGUUGAGUGUUGAAGCAGAAACUAUUGAGGAUUUUAAAUUAGACCGAGAUUGUGAGGAAGCGUUGAAUGCAAAUGACUUUGUGGAAGUGGUUGAAGACCCGGUCAAGUCUGAUGAGGUUAAAUUGGUGUACAUGUGUGGAGCAUGUUCAAAUUGUUUUCCCUCUAUGGAGGACUGUCGGGAGCACAUGAUCAAGGAUCACCAGCUGACUGAAGGAGCAGGUGCUGUUGAUGCUGAUGAAGAGAAACAAGACAUAAAAAGAGUUGAAGAUCCGCCGGCUCAGAAAGAUAUCAAGAAAAUUAAUAAUAAAUUGGUUAGCAAGGUUAGCAAGUCCACGAAUGAUGAGUACGCUAGCAAUAAAAAAAAAUUAGAGACUAAAGAGCGUAAUGUUAAGUGUAAUUACCGAGGAUGUAUUCAUAAAUUCAGCAGCGAGGAACUUAUGCAGAAGCACGUGCUCUGUCAUGUUGAUUCUCAGAAUGCGAAUGUUUUUAAAUGCAACAUUUGCACGGACUUGAUGUUCACUAAAUGGAGAUCUUGCUGCAUGCACCUCUGGAAGAAGCACAAUGUAGACAUUGAUUUGCUCUGCUGCAGUGUCUGCCAAAGCUACAAGAGUGUCUCGAGUGUCAAGCUGCUGACACACAUGCGAGUCCACAGCGAGAAUAAAGAUUACGAGUGUCCGGAAUGCGGAAAGUGUUUCAAGCAGGCCAGCCAGCUCAGGAACCACCGGAUCAUGCACAUGGACCGCAAGUCUGCUGAUGCACCUAGGUGGUACACUUCUAAGACUUGCGAGAUGUGCGGUAAGACUUAUGCGGAUUCAAAGUGCUUGAAGAAUCAUAUUCAGGCGGUUCAUUCUAAGCUCAGGCCGUAUGUUUGCACGGUUUGUGGGCACUCAAGUGCGAGGAAAGCUAUGCUCCAGAUGCACCUGAGGCAGCAUACGGGGGACAAGCCUUUUAAUUGUGACAAAUGCCCUUUUAAGACGGGAGAUCAUAAUUCUUUGAGGAGGCAUAUUAUGAGACACACUGGGGUCAGACCGUACAAGUGCCCGCAUUGCUCGUAUUCGGCUAUUCAGAGCAGUGCUUAUAAGAAUCAUCUGAGGGCUAAACAUCCUAAGCUGUCAGGGGUUUUUACCUGUGAAAUUUGCUCUUUUAAAACUGUCAAGAAGGAGAGCUAUAUGGAACAUGUUGGGGAUCAUGAGAAGGGGUUGAUUAAGACUACUAAUCAGAAAAAUGUUUCAGAUGCCAAUAACGUUGAAGUGUUUCUCGGGAAUAUGGCUGCAGCCCACCUGAUACUAGAUGCAUUUUCAAAAAAAGAUAAAGAAAUAGAAGCGACUUUAAUGUCAUCGUCGACGUCGGCUGAUGGAACAUCUCAGACGAUAACGAUACAAAUACCGUCGACGCAUUUGGGAAACUCGUUGCCGAUCGGAGAUAAUGCUAUCAAAAGUAACAUUAGUAUUAGCAGUAAUGUUAAUAAUAAUAAUAAUAAUAACAAUUCGACGAUCGAGCAAGAAGAUGAUGAAACAAUGCAUUGUUUUCUGAAAAUUCCACACGAAGAAGAAGAAAAUAUUGACACGGGUGGUAUUACUAUUCCAGCGGAACCUGAAGAUAUUGAACCAACGAUUCUCAAUGUUGAAUCUUAA